AUAUCUUCUUCAUCCACAAAUAUCCAAUUGCUAUAUCCAAAACCAUGAAUCCUACGUUUUACUUCGUUCUUGCCUUAACCGCAGUGCUGGCUACGAACGCUUAUGGUGCAGUUCUCGACAUCGACGGAAACAUCAUAUUCCGCGGUAGUUACUACGUUCUACCUCUCAUCCGUGGCAGAGGCGGCGGCUUGACUCUAGCAGGCCGCGGUGGCGAGCUAUGUCCUCUAGAUAUCGUGCAGGAAUCUUCAGAAGUCGAUGAGGGCAUUCCCGUAAAAUUCUCAAACUGGAGGCCUAGAGUUGGGUUCGUUCCGGAAUCAGAGGACCUCAACAUCGAAACAGACGUCGGAGCCACGAUCUGCGUCCAGUCAACCUACUGGCGGGUGGGUGAGUUCGACGAGGAGAGGAAGCAGUACUUUGUUGUGGCUGGCCCUAAACCAGAAGGGUUCGGACAAGAUUCGUUGAAGAGUUUCUUCAAGAUCGAGAAAUCUGGAGAUGAUGCUUACAAGUUUGUGUUCUGUCCUCGGACUUGGGACUCCAGCUGUCCAAAAUGCAGCGAUGUCGGGGUAUUCGUGGAUGAACUCGGCGUUUGGCGUCUGGCUUUAAGCGAUGAGCCGUUCUUGGUUAUGUUCAAGAAAGCCAAUGUGACCCAAGUUUCGUCCAAGACUAUGUGAGAGGACAAAUCUCAAUCUUUUACUUCGACUACUAAUAAUAAUAAAACCUCUUUGUUUUUCUUGAAAACUACAUAUUGAAUAAAAUAUUUUAUCUCUUGUAAUCUUGUCUGUAUUUCUUUUUAGUCAGUAGCUUAAUAUUCACA